AUGCCUCCAAAAAAAGAAAACACUAAAAAAUUAGAAAAAGAAAAACAAAAAAUUGUGGAAGAUAAAACUUUUGGAUUGAAAAACAAAAACAAAAGCAAAAGUGUCCAAAGGUACAUCAAAGGAGUUCAACAGCAAGUAUUUCAAACAAAAAAAAAGCCAGACGAAAAGAAAAAAGAAGAAAAGGAAAAGGAAAAAUUAAAUCAACAAAAGUUAUUGCUCAAUUCUAUAUAUCAAAAAACCGAGAAAGUAAAAAAAAUAAAUGACACCGCGUCAACAUACGAUCCGAAAAAAUCUAAGGAAUCACAAAAAAUAGAUAUCUACACAGAUGUUAGGGAUAACAAAAAUGACAAGGAAAACGAUACAAUAGAUCAAUGGGAUAUAAAUAAGCUAACCGAGGUCAUAAAUAUAAGACAUAAAAAUGUGAAUAAGACGGAUAUAAUUUGUAAGUACUUUUUGAGUGCCGUUGAAAAUAAGCAAUAUGGAUGGUUUUGGGUAUGCCCAAACGGAGGAGAUAAUUGCAAGUAUAAACAUUGCUUACCGCAAGGAUACGUAUUAAAGAAGAACGAGCCAACAGAAAAAGAAAAAGAUGAUAUACCCUUAGAGGAUAUUAUUGAAGAAGAGAGGGCUCAAUAUAUAAAUAACGGUACUGCUAUGACUUUAGAACUAUUUAAAAAAUGGUUAGCAGAGAGGGAAGAGAAAAAUAAGCUUAAGAAAGACGAACAAAAGGAUAAAUCAGAGAAGAAAGGGAAAACCAACAUGCUCUCAGGGAAGGAGUUAUUCACCUACGACCCAACAUUAUUUGUUGAUGAUGAUAAUGCUGCAAACACGAAUGAGUAUGAUGACUUAUUUUAUGAUGAUGAUGAUGUUGAGCAAAAGGAAGAUACGCUGGAAAAGAAAAAUUACGUUAAUGGUGGAGUAGAUGAAAAUGAUAAAAGAGAAGAUGAUGUUCCCAUUAACACUGAUCUCUUUAUUGACGAAUUGGAUGACCUUGAUCAAUUAGAUUAA